AUCUAACAUUGCUGGCCUGGAUCCUCAACGCAAACAGGAUCGAAAACAGCACACAGUACCAUGAGCAUUCUAAAAUUGCUACAUCCUCGCGUCUUGGCCGCCAUCAAGGCAGCCUCACCUGCGGCCGCAGAGAUCCCUUACGUAGCAUCAUGCGAAUUUACUACAGGGAAAUCCGGUUUCGGUGACAUUCAAGUCAAGGGAAUCCUCUCAGCCGCCAAACGUUUGAAGCUCAAUCCCCAAGAACUCGCAGCUCAAGUCACAGAGAACCUUGACCUAGAAGGAAUUGGUCGGGCGACGGUUGAUGGACCUGGGUUUAUAAAUAUUCAUUUGACUGGAACGUGGGUAGGCGAGCGUAUUGGACGAGUGUUCUUUGGCGAGGAGAAGACGCGGUUGGGUGCUGAUGAAGUAAAGAGUCGAGUAGUGGUUGAUUAUUCAAGUCCCAAUUUGGCCAAGGAGAUGCACGUCGGACAUUUGCGCUCAACGAUCAUUGGUGAUGCUCUUGUGCGUGCGUUGGAAUUUGUGGGUGCCGAUGUAGUGCGUCAGAACCAUGUUGGAGACUGGGGGACGCAGUUUGGCAUGUUGAUCGCCCAUGUAUCCGAUCAGACGGAUGUGAACUUGGAGGAAUUGACUGAUUUGGAGCAGUUGUAUGUUCAAGCCAAGGUUCGGUUUGAUGAAGAUAAGGAGUUUGCUGAUCGGGCGAGAGAGUAUGUUGUGCGGCUGCAAAGUGGGGAACCAGAGAUUAUACAAAAAUGGAAGCAGAUUCUAGAUGUCUCUCUUCGGCACGCACAGCGUAUCUACGACACCCUGGGAGUGCUUUUGACACCAGAGGAUGUCUGCGGGGAAUCAUUCUAUAAUGACGAUCUUCCCAAUGUGGUUACAGAGCUCGAAAAGGCCGGUAUCCUCGUAGUCGACCAGGGUGCCAAAGUCGUGUACACGCCUGCAUUCCAGAAAGAUUUCGGCAAGGGCAAACCCAUUUUCAUGGUUCAAAAGGAUGGUGAUGGGUUUGGAUACGCUGCAACGGAUUUGGCUGCUAUUCGACACCGAAUUGGAACGUUGAAGGCACAACGUAUCCUGUAUGUCGUGGACAAGCGACAGUCCCUCCACUUUCGCCAAUUGUUUGAUGUCGCAAAGCGUGGCCACUUUUUUGGCGAUCAAGACUUGUUCCACGUUGCAUUCGGUACAAUGCAGGGCAAGGACAAGAAGCCAUUCAAGACUCGCUCAGGAGGAACGGUCAAAUUAGCGGAACUCAUCCAAUCGGCUCAACAGCGUGCUUUUGAACUCGCAAAAGAAAAGAACGACAAGCGAAAACCAGAGGAUCGCUUCACGGAUGCACAACUGAAGGAGAUUGGUGAUGCCGUUGGGGUGGGUGCCAUAAAGUACGCGGAUUUGAGCAAACACCGCGAUAAGGACUACGUCUUUGAUUUGGAAAGCAUGUUGCAAUUCGAAGGCAACACUGCGCCUUACCUAAUGUAUGCCUACACCCGUGCCCGUAGCGUUGCCCGCAAUGCCGAAAUUCUUGGUGGAGAACAAAAUGGACUAGACGGCAUCAAACUAGACUUUGAUCACACGGCGGAACAUGCUCUUGGUGUAACACUUCUUCAAUUCCCUGAUGAACUGGCGACUGUCAUUGCCACGGCCUGCCCGCAUCACCUAUGUGGUUACCUUUACAAGGUAGCCCAAGCCUACACUCGAUUCUACGAGGCUUGCCCUAUUUUGAAGAGUGAAGAGGAAGUGAAGCGGAAGCGAUUGAAGCUGUGCGCUGCCACUGCGCAUAUGCUCAAAACAGGGUUGGGUCUAUUGGGAAUUCGUGUCUUGGAGGUCAUGUGAGGGGAGGAAAUGGGGUAGAGACCGAUAGAAUGGCUGGUUGAAUGGUGGAGUUUUGUUUUCUUUUUCUUUUGUAACUACGUAGAUGUGACACAUAUACAAGCAGCAUUUCCAGUGAUUCUUCAAAUGGUAUACCAAAAAACGUGGCUGUCGUACAGCAAAUCUUUCGGGAGCUGCUGUCAGAUGACGGACGGUAUAAUAUAUUUUAAGAUACGAGAAAGAAUGUAAUCGUGGCCGACGGGCCACAACCCCACAAGCCAG